GGGGGCGGUGUCCCUGCGCUGGGUGGGGCCGGGGGGGGAGGAGCUCGAGCGGCUCCCGCUGGACCCCGAGGCCUUCUGCGCCUGGAGCGCGCCCGGCACGGCCACCGGCGGGCUGGUGUACGCGCACUUCGGGCGCCCCCAGGACCUGGCGCAGCUGCGGGCGCGGGGGGUGGGGCUGCGGGGGCGGCUGGCGCUGCUGCGGAUGGGGCGGGGCAGCCCCGCCCAGCAGAAUGUGGGCGUGGCCAUGCCAGAGGAGGGCGGGGCAAUGGGAAUAAAGAGCAUAGUGGGCGUGGCUAAAUCGGGUGUGGUCGGGGGGUGUGGCCAAUGCAGGGGUUUGGUGGGCGGGGCAACAAACGGGCGUGGCCAAUCGGGAGGGGCGGUGCCUGGAGGGGGCGUGGCCUCGCUGACCCGGCCCCGCCCAGACUGUUACAUCAUCGUGGGCGCCCAACGCGAUUCGCUGGGCCCGGGGGCGGCGGCCUCGGCCCUGGGCACCGCCCUCCUGCUGGAGCUCGCCCGCUUCUUCGCCGCCAUUGGCCGGGAGGGUGAGGGCGGGGUGGAGAGCCCCAACGAGGGCGGCCGGAGCCUCCUGGAGCAGCUGAGGCGGCCGGGGCGGCGCUGGGAGAGCGACGUGAUCCGCCCCCUGGACCCCCAGGGCGGCGCCUUCCCCUUCGCGGCGGCCGCGGGGGUCCCGGCGCUGGAGCUGGCCUUCGAGGAGGCCGGUGGCGGGUCCUACGCGGCCCUGGGGACACGCGAGGACACGUUUUCGCGGCUGGGGACGCGGCUGCGGGGCCGGCUGCCCGCGGUGACGCGCGCCGUGUCCCUGUGUCACUGUGCCGGUGGCAGUCCCUACGCGGCCCUGGGGACACGCGAGGACACGUUUUCCCGUUUGGGGACGCGGCUGCGGGGCCGGCUGCCUGCGGCCGGUGGCAGUCCCUACGCGGCCCUGGGGACACGCGAGGACACGUUUUCCCGUUUGGGGACGCGGCUGCGGGGCCGGCUGACCAGUAUAGACCAGUGUGGACCAGCGCGGGGGCUGUGGCUGCAGUGCCUCUCCUCGGCCCGCGGCGGCGUGGUGCGCGCGGCGGCCGCGCUGCGCCGGGACAUGGCCGGGGCCGACAGCGGCAACGAGCGCCUGAACCGCGGCUUCAACGCGCGCCUCAUGGCCGUGAGGACCCUGGGGACCCCGGGGACAGCGGCGGGGGACAGCGCCCGGCUGCGGCUGGCGCUGCUGGCCUGGACCCUGCGCGGCACGGCCGGGGCGCUGGCCGGGGACAGCGGGGACAUCGGGGGCGGCCUCGGGGACGGCGGGGACUGCGGGGACCUCGGGGACGGCGGGGGCGGCCUCGGGGACAUCGGGGACAGCGGGGACAUUGGGGGCAUCCUCGGCCAUGUUGGAUCGGCGGCCAUGUUGGAAUGGCAGCCAUGUUGGAUCAGCAGCCAUGUUGGAAUGGCGGCCAUGUUGGAUCGGCAGCCAUGUUGGAAUGGCGGCCAUGUUGGAAUGGCGGCCAUGUUGGAUUGGCGGCCAUGA